UCGCCGGUGCCGCGGGAAGAUGGCGGCCACAGCCGCUGAGGUGGUGACUGAGCGUCUGUCGCGACAGGAGCAAGAGCUGCUCUGGCUGACGGCGGAGGUCGCCCAGCUGAAGGGGCAGGAGGCGCCAGGCUGUCCCGCGAGCUGCAGCCCCGAGCUGCAGCGGCUGAGGGCCGAGAACGAGAAGCUGCGCUACCGCCUCUUGCAUCUGCGCCGCAGUCUGGCGGCCGAGCUGGGCAAGGCAGCGCCGGCGGAGCCCCCGGCCGGUGGCGAGAAAGUCUCCAGUGCAAGUCCAACUGUCGUGGUGACUCAAAAUAAAGAGGAAAAGAAAAAAGAAGCUGUGAACCUACAUCAGAAUGAUCUACAGCAUGAGCCAAGCUUCAUAGAAGACAGACUGAAGCUUUACGAAGCACUGAAAAAAGAACAUGAUGCUUUGCUAGCUUACAGAGUGGCCAACCAAAGCAAACCUAUCAAAAUUACUCUGACAGAUGGAAAGGUGGCUGAAGGGGAAUCCUGGAAAACCACACCAUAUCAAUUAGCUGUAGGAAUUAGUCAAGCAUUGGCUGGAGAUGCAGUCAUAGCGAAAGUGAAUGGUGAACUGUGGGACCUGGAUCGUCCACUGGAGGGAGAUUGUACUCUGGAGCUGCUUAUGUUUGAUAAUGAAGAAGCAAAAGCUGUUUAUUGGCAUUCAAGUGCUCAUAUUCUUGGAGAGGCCAUGGAAGAUUAUUUUGGGGGCUGCUUAUGCUAUGGACCACCAAUUGAAAAUGGAUUUUAUUAUGACAUGUAUAUUGAAGAUAGAGGUGUAUCUAGUACUGAAUUCCCACUGCUAGAGAACCGCUGUAAAAAUAUAAUAAAAGAGAAGCAGCCUUUUGAAAGGCUGGAAGUCAAGAAGGAGAUCCUCUUAGACAUGUUUAAGUAUAACAAGUUUAAGUGUCGUAUCCUUCAUGAGAAGGUGAACACAGCAACUACUACAAUAUACAGAUGUGGUCCACUGAUUGAUCUCUGCAGGGGUCCACAUGUGAGACACACAGGAAAAAUCAAGGCCCUUAAAAUACUUAAGAAUUCUUCUACGUAUUGGGAAGGAAAAUCUGACAUGGAAACUCUGCAAAGAAUAUAUGGAAUAUCCUUUCCUGACAACAAAAUGAUGAAGGAAUGGGAGAAAGUUCAGGAAGAAGCCAGAAACCGGGAUCAUAGGAAAAUUGGAAAGGAACAAGAACUCUUCUUCUUUCAUGAUUUGAGUCCUGGAAGCUGUUUUUUCCUCCCCAGAGGUGCCUUUCUCUAUAAUACACUUGUGGAUUUCAUAAGAGAUGAAUAUUGGAGGCGUAAUUUCACUGAAGUUGUAUCUCCAAACAUCUUCAACAGUAAGCUCUGGGAAGCUUCAGGACACUGGCAACACUACAGUGAAAAUAUGUUCUCUUUUGAGAUUGAGAAGGAAACUUUUGCCCUUAAACCAAUGAAUUGUCCAGGACAUUGCUUGAUGUUUGCCCAUCGUCCACGAUCCUGGAGGGAAAUGCCUUUUAGACUUGCAGAUUUUGGAGUUCUUCAUCGAAAUGAACUCUCUGGGACUUUAAGUGGCUUGACUCGUGUAAGGCGCUUCCAACAGGAUGAUGCUCACAUCUUUUGCACAAUAGAACAGAUUGAAGAAGAAAUUAAGAGCUGUCUUGAUUUCUUGAAGUCAGUGUAUGCUGUCUUUGGUUUUACCUUUCAACUGCAUCUUUCUACAAGACCAGAAAAUUAUCUAGGAGAGUUAGAGAUCUGGAAUCAUGCAGAAAAGCAACUUCAAAACAGCUUGAAUGAUUUUGGAGAGCAGUGGAGUUUGAAUCCAGGAGAUGGAGCAUUUUAUGGUCCUAAGAUUGAUAUUAAAAUCAAAGAUGCUAUUGGCAGGUACCAUCAAUGUGCUACUAUCCAGCUUGACUUCCAACUACCCAUUCGAUUUAAUCUUACUUAUGUUGGUAAGGAUGGUGAUGAUAAGAAAAGACCAGUGAUUAUUCACAGAGCUAUUUUGGGAUCUGUGGAGAGAAUGAUCGCUAUUCUAGCAGAAAAUUAUGGAGGAAAAUGGCCGUUCUGGCUGUCUCCACGGCAGGUCAUGGUCGUGCCUGUGGGACCUACUUCUGAAGAAUAUGCACAGCAGGUUUGCAACAAAUUUUUUGAAGCAGGAUUUAUGUCAGAUGUGGAUCUUGAUCAAAGCUGCACGUUAAACAAGAAAAUCAGAAAUGCACAGUUGGCCCAGUAUAACUUUAUCUUGGUGGUUGGAGAGAAAGAGAAAGCAAAUAACGCUGUCAACGUGCGAACAAGAGACAACAAAGUUCAUGGAGAGAUUUCAGUAUCUUCUGCUAUUGAAAAACUCAAGAAAUUAAAGAGUUUACAUAUUCCAAAUGCAGAAGAAGAAUUCUGAUGUUGCCAUUAGGAAAAAUAAUUAUUAGCUGCCCAUGUGUAAUGGUAUUUCUUUCCUCCUGUACAGCAGUAAUGCUUAUUUGAGAAUUUUCAAUUAAUGGAUACGCAAAAUAGACACAUGUAGCAAUGUUGGUGCUCUAGGAACAGCAUGAGAGGACAGAUGGAACUGCCAACUCCUUUAACAGUUGCAUGGGAUUCCAAUCUGUGCAAGUUGCAGAAUGCUUAUUCUAGAAGUCCUGCACCUCUGCUAAAAUAUGUAGGCUUUGCUAUGGAAAUAAAUCAUGAGGAAUGGGAGGCAGGGAGCUGUACUGGCUGCUGCUGUGACUGCUGAUGUGACCUGGAUUCCAAAGCUUGGCGGGUGCAGCAGGAGCAUUUUGUUGCUGAUUUUUUUUUUGUUUUUUUUUCUAACUCCAGAUUAUAUCAAAUUUAUUUGUGGAGGAGUGGCAGGGAAACAGCUUGGUUCUUCCUGAAAGCAUGUUCACAGGCUGCAAGUACAUGAGUGUCGAUUGGAAAUGUAAGUGGCACUUAUUGAAUUGGUUUGAUAUUUGGUUCUUGUAAAGGUGAUUGCCAAGAAUGAAGUUGAAUUACUCACCCUGUCUGUGUGUGUGAAGUGUUUUAUUUUUUCCCAUGUUUGCUGUUGAUUUGGGCUUUUGUCUAGAACAAACAAACCUUUGAAAAAAACAUAAUUUUUUGCUGUAUUUGUUUGGGACACUAAAAACACUGAAACAGGGCAGAUGACAAUUCUAAAACACAUCAUGUUUGAAUUUACAGUGGCCAUAUUUAUCUGACUUCUUCAUGCUUAGAAAUUAUUUUGAAGUUACUCUUGCAGGCAAUAGAAUCAGAUUUUUGUUUUAGAUAAAUUUUUAUAACUUUUUUUUGUUUUUAUAUGCCUUUUUUACUUACAAUGCAUAGAUAAUGUUAAAUAUGUUACUCAGUUAUCCAAGCUAUACAGCUGUAGCUGUUGUAAUUUAAAUAGCACUGAAAUGAUGCAGGAAAUACUACAUAGCACACAAGUGUUAUAUAAAUAAAAAGCUAAUGCUUUACUUGC